UCAUUUGCCCCCGAAGAGAGCGGCCUCGCGGUCAGUUUCAGGGGAAUUUUUACUGUUGAACGGUGGUCGAGUGGAGACGGAGAGGCAAAUUUCUAGAUUCAAAACCUAAAUUGCAGUUUUUUAUUGUCAUUAUUGAGAAGAAAUUUGCGUCUGUUCAUCGUAAUUAUGAUCAGUUUUGGAAUCGACUCAGACUGUUCGUGACACUGUUUCGGACGUUACAGUUUGCUGAUUGGAGGUAUUAUUGUCGGUGUGGCUCCCCCCUUCUUAAGCAACUGGGGUACACUCGUUGAGCUCUACCAUUCGUUGCUUCUAAACAAUGGGGAAGAAUAAAGAAGUAAUUCGGCUGGAGCGUGAAUCCGUCAUUCCGGUGUUGAAGCCGAAGCUGAUAAUGACCUUGGCUAAUCUAAUUGAACAUAGUUCUGAUCGGGCCGAAUUCUUGAAACUCUGCAAGAGAGUCGAGUAUACAAUUCGAGCUUGGUAUCUUCUACAAUUUGAGGAUUUGAUGCAACUCUACUCUCUUUUUGAUCCUGUUCAUGGAGCCCAGAAGUUGGAGCAGCAGCAUCUAUCCUCUGAGGAAAUUGAAGUGCUAGAACAAAAUUUUCUAUCAUACUUGUUUCAGGUUAUGGAAAAGAGCAAUUUCAAGAUAACAAGUGAUGAGGAGAUCGAAGUUGCACUUUCAGGGCAAUAUCUCCUAAAUCUUCCUAUUACAGUUGAUGAUUCCAAGCUGGACAAGGUUCUUUUAAAGAAAUAUUUCGCUACACAUCCUCAACCCCACCUACCAGACUUUGUUGAUAAGUAUGUUGUCUUUAGGCGAGGAAUUGGAAUUGAUCGAACAACUGAUUUCUUUUUCAUGGAGAAAGUAGACAUGCUUAUUGGAAGAUUUUGGGCAUAUCUUUUAAGGUUAACAAGGCUGGAAAAGAUUUUCUCCAGACGGCCAAGUAGACGGCAUAUGGGAGAUAGGAAGAAGAAUGAUGAUAUUCCUCCUGAUGCUGAUAAUGCCGAUUUAUAUGUUGAACGAAUUCGUCUGGAGAAUAUGGAAUUGAGUGCUCGCAAUAUGCUGGGCAAGAUUACUAUUCAAGAACCUACCUUUGAUAGGAUUAUUGUAGUUUACAGGCGAGCAAGUACAAAGUCUAAACCUGAACGUGGAAUAUAUGUCAAGCAUUUUAAAAACAUUCCAAUGGCUGAUAUGGAAAUAGUACUUCCUGAAAAGAAAAAUCCGGGACUGACUCCAAUGGACUGGGUUACGUUCCUUGUAUCGGCUAUAGUUGGGCUGGUUGCUGUUGUGGGUUCAAUUGAAAUGCCCAAGGCUGAUUUUUGGGUCAUUGUCGCUGUUCUCUCUACAGUUAUUGGUUACUGUGCAAAGACAUAUUUCACGUUUCAGCAGAACUUGGUUACUUAUCAGAACUUAAUUACACAAUCAAUGUAUGAAAAACAGCUGGAUAGCGGAAGGGGUACACUUCUUCAUUUGUGUGAUGAUGUGAUCCAGCAGGAAGUCAAAGAGGUGAUCAUUUCAUUCUUUAUAUUGAUGGAACAAGGCAAAUCUACUUUAGAAGAUCUUGAUCUACGGUGUGAGGAGUUGAUCAAAGAAGAGUUUGGUGAGAGCUGCAACUUUGAGGUGGACGAUGCAGUUCAAAAGUUAGAGAAACUCGGAAUUGUUUCUCGGGAUACAAUUGGACGUUACUACUGUGUUGGAUUGAAACGCGCUAACGAGAUCAUCGGACCGACUACGGAGGAGCUUGUCCUGAAAGCGAGGCAGGGCACCAAUUCUUGAAAAAUGAAAAGGCAAGCCCCUUCCUCCUUUCAGAAAGAAUCUUGGCUCUAAAGCAUGGGAGAAUUGUAGUUUCAAUUGCAACUGUAGAUAGAUGAAGUGAAAUCGCUGCUUAGAAAAUUUUCCACUUCAAUAGUUCAGUGAUAUAAGCUGAGUAGUUUGGUUCAUGUAUUUACCUCUUAUGAAUUCAUAGAAAUGCUACUCUUUGAUUUGGGUCUGGAAUUUAAUUACAUUGCAGCCUUGCAGGUAAAUGAUUUCAACAAUAUACUUUUAUGGCUGUUUGUUUCUAUCUUAGUUUUUGGCUUAGUGAUGGGUGUAUUUUCUUAACCCGGGAUGUUAGUUACGGGAUAAAUUAUUCAAUGGUACAUUAGUUUCAUAAUCA